UCAAGAUGGCGGCCAACGCCGGAUCGAUGUUCCAAUAUUGGAAGCAGUUGGAUUUGCAGCAGCUGCAGAAGGAGCUGGACGCCACGGCCGCCGCACUGACCAACAGACAGGACGAAAACGAGCAGUCCAGGAAAAAACUCAUCGACCAGAGCAGAGAGCUGAAGAAGAACACUCCAGAGGACCUGCGUAAACAGAUCACUCCACUGUUAAAGGGCUUCCAGACAGAGAUUGACGCUCUGUGUAAGAGGAGUAAGGAGUCGGAGGCAGCGUUCCUCAGUGUGUAUAAGAGAUUAAUCGAUGUCCCAGACCCCGUCUCUGCUCUAGAAGCCGCUCAGCAGCUGCAGCUGACCGUCAGGAAGAUGCACGAUGUGGAGACGGAGAAUCAGAAACUGCAUGAGAAGCUGCAGGAGUACGACAGAGACUCCGCCCAGGUCAAAGGUCAUGAGGUCACUAUUAAAGCCCUGCAGGAGAAGUUGGAGGAGUUUGAGCGGCUGUUUCAGAAACAGCAGGGACUGAAGACUGAGGAUGACAAUGAUGAAGAAGAAGCAGAACAUCCUCCCAGUAACUAUGCAGAUAAAGACGGUGAGCUCCAGGAGAGACUGAACUCAGAGGAGAUCAAACUCCAAACCCUACAAACAGCUCUUGAAAAAACUCAGGCAGAACUUCAGGAACUGAAGGCAAAGUAUGAAGAAGAAUCCAGAACAAAAGCCAGUGAGAUUGAAGCAAUGAAGGCGGAUGUGGAGAAAGCCAAUCAGAGAGCCGAGGCUGCGGAGCGAGAGACGGAGAGUCUGAGAGAGCAGCUCACCAGCCAGCGGCAGGAAACACCUGACAGGGUGUGUGAGGUCGAGUGUGUAUCUGAGGACGUCCAGAAGCUCCAGAAUGAUCUGACUGAACUCACCGAGUCGACGGCCAAUCAGAUCAGCCGAUUGCAGCAGGAGCUCAGCGCUAAAGAGGAGCAGCUAAAGCAUCUUGAAGAGAAGCUCGAGGCUCAGUCAGACUAUGAAGAGCUGAAAAGAGAACUGAGUGUCCUCAGAUCCAUGGAGUUCAGCUCAUCUGACCAGCCUGCAGCACAGGAUCCUCCGCGGCCUCUGGAGCUUCUGCUUUCUGGAAAAGAGUCCAGCCACGGAGGCGGACGACCGACCCACAGCGAACUGACCGGUUCCACGGGUCGUAAAGAUAAAGGUUCUCCGGUGGAGAGUUCUCAGCGUCUUCCGGCCACGCCCGUGCCCACCAACACCACACAGGGUUCCCCCCCUCAGCUCCUCAUGAGAACCGGCACAGCUACCUCCGAAUCCGCCGCCAGUGCCAACGGUGCCCACCCCUUCUCCCCCACGGGCAUCGGGCCGGACUUCUUCACGCCCGCCGUCGCCAGCGUGGGCGCCACCUUCCCUCCGCUGGCGGGAAAAAUGGCCCUCAGCUCACUGCUCCAGCGGCAGCUCAUGCAGAGCUUCUACACCAAAGCACUGCAGGAGAGUUCGGCCGGCGCCCUGCUGUUUGCCCCUCAGCACUACGCCUCCAGCCCCCUGCCGCCCGCCGCCAGCCCCGAUGCCAACGGCACGGUGCCCUCGCCCAGCCGCUCGGAGGGAGCAGGCAGCGCCUCGGAGGGAGAGGAGCUGGACACGGCCGAAAUCGCCCGGCAGGUGAAGGAGCAGCUGAUCAAACACAACAUCGGCCAGCGCGUGUUCGGACACUACGUCCUGGGCCUGUCCCAGGGCUCGGUCAGCGAAAUCCUGGCCCGACCCAAACCCUGGAGCAAACUGACCAUCCGCGGGAAAGAGCCUUUCCACAAGAUGAAGCAGUUCCUCUCCGACGAGCAGAACAUCCUGGCGCUGAGGAGCAUUCAGGGACGACAGAGAGAGAACCCAGGCCAGAACCUGAACAGAGUGUUUCAGGAGGUUCCCAAGCGAAGAACCGGCUCAGAAGGCUCCUCUAAGCCAGGUAACAUCACCACCAGGAUCCGCACCCCCGAUGGUGGCUCAGACGAGGCCAUUAAAUCCAUCCUAGAGCAGGCCAAAAGGGAGCUGCAGGUACAGAAAGUCGAAAGCGUUCAGCCGCUCUCCUCCUCCUCUGAUGAAAACAUUCGCUCCAUAUUGGAUCACGCGCGGAGGGAGAUGGAGGUCCAGCAGGGGGCGCUGGAGCCGGGGCUGAAGGCUCAGUCCGAAAUCUCCCUGCUGGGCUCUAAGCUGCUGACCUCACCCCUGUCCAGGCUGGCGUACUCUCCGCUCGCGCUGACCCUGAAAAAACCGCUGGACUACCACGUCUCAGUGAAGCGGGAGAACAGCGAGGCGGCGCUGUCCGAGGCCAGCCGAAAUUCGGACGCUGGAGGCUCGUGGAGGGAGCAGUGGUGGAACACCAUUCAGUCCGAGCGGCGCGGAGUCGCGCAGCUGUCCAACGAGGACGCGCAGAGUCAGGAGGACAGCAAAGAGCAGAAGCCCCCCCGUCUGGCCAGCACGGCCCCCGGCUCCUCUCUGGACUGCUGGAAGGACUGGCCCAGUGCCGAAUCUCCAUUUUCUCCCUUUUCCCAGAGUUCCGAGCUCAGCCUGCCAAUGGCUGGUGGUUCUGGCUCCGAGACGCCCCAGAGCAGCCCGCUGCCCUCCUGCCCCCUGCUGGCCAUCGCAAAAACGGCCAGCAAGCCCGUGGUGGCCCCGCUGACCCCAGAACAGUACGAGCAGUACAUGUACCAGGAGGUGGACACAGUGGAGCUGACGCAGCAGGUCAAAGACAAACUGGCCAAAAACGGCAUCUGCCAAAGGGUCUUCGGAGAGAAGGUGCUGGGCCUGUCUCAGGGCAGUGUGAGUGACAUGCUGUCUCGGCCGAAGCACUGGAGUAAACUCACUCAGAAAGGCCGAGAGCCGUUCAUCCGCAUGCAGCUGUGGCUCAACGGAGAGAACACACCCCAAACACAAGUCUCCACAGAGAUCACUCCUAAAACAUCGGCCAGCUGCAGUCCAGCCCCCGAAUCCCCUGUCAGUUCGGCUGAGGAGUCUGUUAAAAGUCAGUUGGAGGAUCCUUGCGUCCAGCCUGCGGGUCCAGAGUCCAGCGAAGCAUCCGAAUCCCAGUCGGAAACGCCCCUCCCCCUGCCUGUCCCGGGACACGCUGGCCUUAGCAUCCAGGAGAUGGUGGCCAUGUCAGCAGAGCUGGACACGUACGCCAUCACCAAGAGGGUCAAAGAGGUCCUCACUGAUAAUAACCUCGGUCAGCGUCUGUUUGGUGAGAGAAUUCUGGGGCUGACCCAGGGCUCAGUUUCAGACCUGCUGGCCCGACCCAAACCCUGGCACAAGCUCAGUCUGAAGGGCCGAGAACCGUUCGUCCGCAUGCAGCUGUGGCUCAACGACCCCAACAGUGUGGACAAGCUGAUGGAGAUGAAACGACUGGAGAAGAAAGCCUACAUGAAGCGACAGCACGGCUCGCUGAGUGAGAGUCCCUCACGUGAAGCCGGAGUGUGUGUGGGUGAUUACAGCCGGGCGGUCAGUCCACAGCCCACCGUGCGGGACCACCAGCCCCAGCUGAAGAAGCCCCGCGUGGUUUUAGCUCCAGAGGAGAAGGAGGCGCUGAAGAGAGCGUACCAGCAGAAACCCUACCCGUCCCCCAAAACCAUCGAGGAGCUCGCCAAUCAGCUCAACCUCAAAACCAGCACCGUCAUCAACUGGUUCCACAACUACAGGUCUCGUAUCCGGCGGGAGUUGUUUAUAGAGGAGAUCCAGGCGGCGGUUGGCGGUAAAUCCGGGGCGGACGGCGAGAGCAGCUGCGACGGUGCCGAAUCAGACAGCAGAGCGUCCGGCCUGGAGGAGCCCAACCCCGAUGAACCGGCAGUCAGCGGGCACACGGACGCCCUCUUCACCUUUCCGGAAUCCUCCUCGGCUCUGGCUUCCUCCUCGGCUUCCUCCGCCGCUCCUUCGUGUAACCCGAGAGACAGCAGCCUGCGGCGGAAGAAGGCGGCGAACUUGAACAGCAUCAUCCACCGGCUGGAGAAAGCGGCGAACCGAGACGAGCCGCACGAGUGGGAGUUCUGAGACGGCGGCGGAUUCUCCAGGAAAGAAAAGAGCUGCGGCGUUCGCUUUCUUAAUAAUCAUACUGUCGUUUAGUAAAGCACUUACGGCCCUGCUGGCCACAGGGCUUCAACACCAUUGGCCCAAAAUGGUGCAAAGAGAACUUAAGCGAGCUUAAACGCGCUUAACUCCCAUCCAAACUGGUGACAGCCAGGCUAAAGCAGAGCAUAUCCAAGAAACGCAUGACUCGAGCUCAGAUAUCGAACUGUUACAGACUGUUUUCUAAUCGUUUUGAGGGUGCAGGCCAUCGAAAACGGCCUCAAACCAAAAGCACUUGUUAGCAGGAGGUCCUGAUUCUCAACCUUCUGCAGCAUCUUCACCUCCUGGCUAUGCAAACUCCAGCACACCAGGCGUUCCUCCGCAAAGGAACCGGCAUUAUUUUGAAAUUUCAGAAGCUUCUCUCGGAGCAGAGAAGAAAAAAACGAGUAAUUUUAUAGCAACGGCAUUGCCACGAAGAGAUUGCACAGUCAGUCGACUCUAAACACGUCUUUCA